AGGUUAUUGUGGGGCAAACGCCAAAUGGAAGUCGAAUACAAGGAAGAAAUGGAAGGAUAAAAUGAGAGGGGAUGGGCAGAGGUCACCAUCACGAGCCCCGAGUGUCCCCUCAGAAGUGGAUCUUCGCACGUUAUGAGUGUUACGGGAGAAAGAGUUUUCUUCUUUUCAAUUAAUUAAUUUUCGAGAGAGGGAAGUGCCAGCUCCUGGCAUAUGCUCUCUACUGCACACACCAGAAACAACAAUAACACCAACAGUAUUUACAACAACCCAACUGACUCUCUCUUCUCUUUCUCUCUUGUCUUCAACCUUCUCAAGUUAUUUUCUUUCUCCCUCUAGAAAUGGCUCUCUGAAAACCACUUCCUUAUUUUCUCACAACUUUUCAAAAAAAAUCAAAACCGGUGUUUUUUCUGCUUUAUUUUCAUCAACACGGUGGCUUUUUCUGCUCAUUCUGUUCUUUUUUUUUUGUCUCAUUUUAUGCUAAAGUUUUGGGAUUUGAUAAGGGUCUCUCUCUUUCUUCUCUUAUCCGAGGAAUGAGUUUUCUUUCUGGUGCAAAACUAGCGAACCUGUUAUUAUGAUUAUUUGAAAAAGCAGUUUUUUUUUUCAAAUUUGUUUUCAAGUACUGGAAUUCAAUUUAAAUGGUUGAUUAGAGCAUUUUCUUUGUGUGUUUUACUUCACUUCCAUUAAUCAACGUUUGAAUGCAUGAAUACUGAAUUUUUCGAAAUGUAGUUGGGGCAGAAAUAGUUUCAAUGCUUUCCAGUUCACUUUUUUCCUCGUCGGAUCACAUUUAAGUGGAGGUUUUAUUCUGAAUUUUGGGGCCCUUUGGUUUCCACAUUGAUUUCUAGAGGCUGAGAGAUCAAAUAUUUGAUGAUUUUGUUACGUUCGGUUCAGACCUAUGAAGAACUUUUACUGGUUUAAGCAAAUCUCCAACAAUGGCAGAUCAGGGAGGAGACUUUCUCUUGGAGAGUACAAGAGAGCAGUUUCGUGGUCCAAGUAUUUGGUAUCAUCUGGUGCAGAGAUUAAGGGAGAGGAAGAGGGAGAAUGGAGCGCAGAUAUGUCCCAAUUGUUUAUUGGUAACAAAUUUGCAUCCGGGAGGCAUAGUAGAAUUUAUAGAGGGAUUUAUGAGCAAAAAGACGUGGCCAUUAAGAUGAUAAGCCAGCCUGAAGAGGAUGAGGACUUGGCUGCUAUGCUUGAGAAGCAGUUUACUUCGGAGGUGGCUCUGCUUUUUCGGUUAAGCCAUCCUAACAUCGUUACUUUUGUUGCAGCUUGCAAAAAACCUCCCGUGUUUUGUAUAAUUACUGAGUAUUUGGCUGGAGGCUCAUUGAGAAAAUAUCUCCACCAGCAAGAGCCGUAUUCAGUUCCACUCAAACUUGUUCUGAAAUUAGCUCUUGACAUUGCACGGGGGAUGCAAUAUCUUCAUUCCCAAGGGGUACUUCAUAGGGAUCUCAAAUCAGAAAAUUUACUGCUCGGAGAAGAUAUGUGUGUUAAAGUAGCUGAUUUUGGCAUCUCAUGCUUGGAAUCUCAGUGUGGUAGUGCAAAGCGAUUUACAGGGACAUACCGGUGGAUGGCUCCUGAAAUGAUCAAAGAGAAACAUCACACAAAGAAGGUCGACGUUUAUAGUUUUGGCAUAGUGCUAUGGGAGCUUUUAACUGCAUUGACACCAUUUGACAGCAUGACCCCGGAACAAGCUGCAUUUGCAGUCUGCCAGAAGAAUGCGCGACCACCGUUACCCCCUGCAUGUCCAGUGGCAUUUAGUCAUCUUAUCAAUAGAUGCUGGUCAAGCAAUCCUUAUAAACGACCACAUUUUGAUGAGAUAGUUUCAAUUUUGGGAAGAUAUUCAGAGUCUAUUGAACAGGAUCCAGAAUUUUUCUCAAAUUACAAACCUUCCUCUGAACAAACUAUUCUGGGUUGCUUCCCAAAAUGGAUGGCUGGCAAUGGCUCUGCUUCUGUAAAAGACUAGUAUCUCUUCUUCAAUUAUGUGUGAUACUAAGUGUAUCAUAAUUGAUAGUUCUUUUCUUGUGUAUUAUGAUUAGGAGGCUAUAUGUGGCCAUUAUUUUUUUAUUUCCCUUUUUCUGUAAUCCUUUUGCAUCAAAUAUAUUUUCCAUUGAUGCUUUGAUGAUCA